AUGCAUUUGGGAGUUGGGGAGAAAGGGCACAAAUACGGUCUCAUGCAGGACUGCUGUUCUGUCUCCUUUGUGCAAUAUAAGGACACUUCGUUCCCGGCUGGGCGAGGUGUGGGGAAGGCAGCCACCGACGGUCAGAUCUACACCAAACAGGUCUGCCAAGAGGUUGACUUUGACAUCAAGGGCCAAGGACUCCUCUCCAUCCUCGAUUCAGCCCCCGAUCUAAUGCUGCCCCCGCUGGACAAAUAUCGCCAUUGCCAGUGUGUCCAUGCUGCCGUACUCAACAUCUUCCUUUCGGUGGUCCUCAGAAUACAACCUCAGGAGUUCAGCUGCACGCCCAACGUGUUUUCUGGAGCUGAUGCACUGCGAGCCACUAUCUUAGCUCUGAUUCCAGAACCACCUCCCUUCAUCUCCUCGGCCAUCCUCUACUUCCGGGUCAGCCUCUUGCAAAGUCCCGUGCUUCAGCUUGGAAACGGUUUUGCCAUAGUCCAGGUUUCGGUCCAACUUGAGUUCUUUGUCAAGAACCUUGAUGGCUCAACAACUUCCAUCGUCAUUCUGCAAGAGAGCCUCAGCUUGAGCGCGACCUUCACGGUGACCAACGGCCAUCUACAUGCUUCCUUGUCCAUCUCAGAGUGA